AUGAAUGCCAUCCUCCUCUUCUUUCUGCUCUACUCGGCCUCUGGCCAAGACAUUGAGUUUGUGGACACUCCCCGUUUGUUCGAACCGAUCAGAGUUCGUCCGAUUGGUCUGGAAAGGGGAAGAUUGUAUUAUUUCCAUUUGGAGAUUCGACCGGUAGAUGUGCUGCCCGGGAAGGAGGAGAGCGAAUGGCGGAGGAUUCUCACGAAAAGCGAACAUAUCGGAAAUGAAUUCGAGUUUGGUUGUGAAUGGGUCACGGCCACGGGAAUUUACAGAAUCAAAGUCAGUUCUUUUUUUUUGGCUUUGAUAUUUAUUUUUAACUUGACGCAACUUUGGCAAAAAUUAACAAAAAUUUUUGCAGGCAAACGAAGAGAACUCGACCACCUCAAUAAUCUCCCCUUCAUUACGGUUACUAAAGCCAUCUGCAUACAUCCGCCCACGUCUUGCCCUCAGGGAAGAUUCCAUUUUUCCGAAUUGUGAUCGAGAUUAUGACUUGUCUUGGACCCUCCCCAACUGCUCAUUGGCCUCCAAAUCCGACGAAUUUCGGGUCCGAGUGUCGGCGGUUGAUUCCGCCGGCGCUGAGCUUUAUAUGGGCGAAUUCAAAGCGUUGACCGAGCCACCAAGAAGUUUCGGGAUCUCGUGCGGCCAAUUCGACAUCAUCCAUGAGAAAUUCUGCUUUGAGCUGGUUUCGCUGCAUUCGUUCAAUCAGCAGCUGGAUUUGUGGGAUCGGAAAUGCGUCAAUACGGAGCCAGGUAUGGAAUUUGAGAGUAUGCUAUCCAAAAAUAAAUAAAAAUAAGAAAAUCGCCUCGUUCUAGUCAAGUUGAUAGCCUUCUAUUUUAGUGGAUUUCCAUCCCAAAAUACCCUUUUUUAUCUUCGACCUGCCAUGUUGAUUCUUCCCGACAAUUCUUUUGAGCCGUAAAAUUCGCGGCUCAUUUCCCUCGGGAAUACGAAAAAAUUUUAAUUUCGACGGCAAUUAUAAAACAAAUGCCGUUCGCGGGCAGAUACGGAGGCCAAUAUUAGGCUAGUCAAGAUGGACAUACGAGAUUGUUGGGAGUAAUGUGAUUAUGCAUUGCAUAAAAAAGAUAAUGGAAAAAUAUAGUGGAAGUAUGAAAGUGUAAUUUUUUUUGGAAAAAGCUGAAAUUUUAUUAUAUAGGGUAUCAAAUUCUAUGUUUAUUAUAUUCUAAAAACAAGGAGUUUCCUCGUAUUUUACCCCCUAAUCUCUUCAGUCCAACGAAUCGACGGUGCUUGGUCGCAGUGGGCCGAAUGGUCAUCUUGUAGUCGCUCUUGUGGAAAGGGCCGGCGAAAACGACGCCGCGAAUGUAACAACCCAAAACCCCUGAGGGGAAAGCCCUGUCCGGGCAAGUUGAUUGAGACCCAACAAUGUAACGAACACAAAUGUCCAAUGGAAGUCCGAGCGCCCCCAAACUCCACCAUGAAUCACUGUGAGUGUGGUUGUGUGUUGACGGAGAUGAGUGGAAGUCUGUUUGCGAGGGCUUCCAGAUUCUGUUUGAAUCAGACGCUGCAUUGGGUGGUGCCGGCGAGGUAUUUGGCCAAAUUGAAGUUGGUUUUUGUGGAUCAAUUGGCCGAGGAUCAGGCAAUUCGGGUGUUUGGAAAGGAGGGAGAGGCAAGCGAUUUUUUUUUGAAUAUUCUUUUCAUUGUCAAAUGCCUUGGUAAAGGCUAAAUUAAGCAAAAAUAUCUCUAAUUUUUAAAUAUGCCAAUGUUAAUUUUCAGGAGUCUUUCUGGCUCAACGGUGAUGCCCAACCACUCCCAACUGCCAUCACAUUAAGCCUUCAAAACGAUGUAAAUAUUGUGUUAACAGCAACGGGUCAAUCGGCGGACAAAAUGACCGGAGCUUUCAUUGAUUACCAAAUUAUUCCAGGUAAUAUUAUUCAUUGAUAUCUUCAACGUAUUUUACACUAAUAUCUUACAAAAAAACCAUAUAUUUUUUCCGUAUUUUAGAGCCCUCAAUCACGCCCAAUGGAAUGGAAUAUUCGGCGUUUUUGGGCAAUCGCUUUGUCAACUGCCAGACUCGACAAUGCCAUGCGUUUGUUACGGUAAUGUCGUUGCUUGUUUGUCUAACAGCAAUCGCUACUUUCGUGGUGGUACCACCACUAAUUUGCUCGUUCGUGACCAAAUACAAAAAGAAAAAGAAGAGCAAGUCAGCACUUCUUGGGUCAUAUCAGUAAGUGCAUUUUUAUUGGUUUGAGGUUUAGAAAGCGGGCUGUAAAAUGAAAACUGUAGAUUGACAGCUGAGACUGGAAAAAGAGAAGCUUAUCGCAAGAGUUUAGAAAAAAAUACGAACACUUUUUUGUUUACGAUAGCCAUAAAAACCUUGAACUCAAAGAUUACUACAAAUUUGACAUUUUUUGCAAUUUUUGAGCUAAAGCAAUGCAAAUUCUGUUGGAAACAUUGGCUAAUCCGUUCAGUAAUCUAUUUAUAUUUUCAGCGCGGAUUCUGAUAUGAUUCGCUCAGGCGGCACCGACUCCACACACGUCUCCUCCAAUCCCCCGACCGGGAAGCCCCCUCUUCCACCAGACCGUCAACUCAACGGCGGCACUCAAGUGGUCGUCGCUCAUCGCUCAAUUGGUGUUCAACGUUCGUUGCAAACAACUCCGCGAACUCAACGAUCGGCCAGAGAAACUCCAAUGCCGAAUGCUUCGAUCGCGUCGGUCGAUUUGGAAUAUGAUUAUUAUGAUCCGCCGAUGCCGGGGAGUUUCAUUAAACCGGCGCUUCCGGAGAUCGACAUCGAUGAUAUUGUUCAUAAGGAGACUAGUGGAUGGCUGGACAGUCCACCAAUUAAUGGGAUCAAUGGAGUUGGAAAUGGGGUCAGCUUGGGCGAGUAG